AUGGUCGAAUUCUACCGAAACCUAUUUGACCGUAAAAACGGUAAACCCAACCACCCUACUCUUCUCCGGCACCACAUCUUCAGCCAAUUUAAACAAACACUGGUGGGAAUAUACCAGCUUAAGAUGGCUUUGGAUAAACUGGCAUUUUUGCCAUUUGGGUUCAUUAUGGAUAAAUAUCGGUGGGAUGUCUUCUCCGGCACCACAUCUUCAGCCAAUUUAAACAAACACUGGUGGGAACUGAGGGGCGCAUAUCAGGGUUUGUCGCCACCUGUAAAACGAAGCGAGUAUGACUUUGAUCCCGGUGCCAAAUACCACAUUCCAGCCAGUGUUGAAUAUAUUAGAUACUUUGUAUCGCAUUUACUACAGUUCCAGUUCCAUAAAGCCUUGUGUGCUUUCAGUCAAAAGGAUGUUGCCCUCCAUGAGUGCGAUAUCGACGGCGAUACGACUGCCGGCGCUAAACUAAAAGAGAUGUUAGUCUUGGGCUCAUCCAAGCCAUGGCCCGAACAGUUGGAGCUCUUGACGGGCAAUAAAGACAUGGAAGUCGACUCAUUGCUCGAGUAUUUUAAACCUUUACAGACAUUUCUGGACGGGCAGGUAGUCGGAGAACAGUUAGGCUGGACUUUCAAUGUUGACGAUUACUUUGAUAAUGAUCCGUGCUCCAACUACUCCAUCCAGUGCUCCAACUACUCCAUCCACUGUUCCCAGCACUCCCUCUACUGUUCCCCCUACUGUUCCCCCUACUGUUCCCCCUACUGUUCCCACUACUCCCCCUACUGUUCCCACUACUCCCCCUACUGUUCCCAACACUCCCUCUACUGGUCCCACUACUCCCCCGACCACUUCAUCGCCUACUUCCCCGACAACCGAUGA